GUUUUUAUGAAACGAUUUCGUUGAUCGGUCAUAGGUGUUGCUAUGGUGAUUCUUGACUUGUUACCUGAAGUUGAUAGGAAGAGUCAGACAAGGUGGGUUACAUUACGGGCUACAGUUCGGUAAAGAGUUCAGAAUAUCUGUAUUUCGUUUGUUUUUUGCAAAAUAAGCGGAAAAUACGACAAUUAUGGCGACAGAACCGAAUUCUGAUGACCAAGUCGUAAUACUGAAAGAAUUCGAAAAACGAAUAGUAGAAGUAUUCGAAGUAUUUGAUUACACCGGAAAUAAAACUAUCGAUGUUCGAGAAAUCCCAACAGUGCUAUGCUCAUUGGGCUGUGUUCCUUCAAAAAAUGAAAUAAACGAGAUUAUUAAAAAUAUCCAAGAGCCCGAGUGUCACGGAAAUGUACACAUCUCCAAAUUUCUCCCUUUUGUUUCCAAUUUAAUUGUCAAUUAUAGAUUUCACCCUGCAUCUGCGGAAGAACUUCUGAAAGCAUUCCAAAUUCUAGAUAAAGACAGCACUGGGUAUUUAAACAAAGACUACUUGAGUGAAAUUAUGACCGAACGAGGCGAACAAUUCACUCAAGAGGAACUCAAAGAAAUGAUGUCGGUGGCAAUCAAUUCCUUAGAAGGUGGUAUUUUGUAUGAAAUGUACUUGAAUCAUAUUAUAGUUGACUAAAUAAUCGAGUUUCCACGCUGAAAUCCUGUAUCAGGAUGAAAUUUCAACACGAAGAAAAAAAUAAGGAAUUUCGCACUUACAAUAUGUUCCAAUCCUUCAUCAACAGAAUGAUCUCUAGAAUAAAUCAGACUUUUUUUCGCCAUUUGAACUGCAACUGGACUUUUUUUUGCAAUAUUUUCUGCUAAAUUCAGACUAUUUUCGAGUAAACUGUGAAAAUAACACAUUUAUAAAUAACUUACACAAAAUAUAACACUUGAUUUGAUCGCAGAA